AUGGCAAGACCUCCACAAUCUCUCACAACCCUCUUCCUCCGCCACCAAAACCCUCGCUCCAUCCAAAACCCUAACCCUCAAAUCCGAAACCUCGGCCUCAGCAAUGGCGGCGAAGAAUUUCUUCAGACCCAUCAACACCCGAAGACCCAGAGCUUAACCCAGAUCGCCAAAGAAGUUUCGAGGCAAAACAAUGUGCUUCUUUCUCUCCGUUUCUAUCUUUGGCUAAGCUCUCAACGUAGCUUUAUACCAGAUAAAUUGGCAUGUGAUGUGAUUUUUGAUGGUCUUGUAGAAGCUAAAGCUGCCAAUGCUGCGAAAUCGUUUUUGACUUCUGUAGAUUUUACUCCUCAACCCGCUUCUUUAGAGGCUUAUGUUAGAUGUCUGUGUGAAAAUGGGUCAAUUGAGGAAGCACUGAAGGUGUUUGAUGAAUUGCAAAAGCUUGGUAUUUUCCCGUUGUUAGAAACAUGGAAUUCGGCUUUGUUGGGUUCGGUUAGAGCUAGGCGAACCAAUGUUGUUUGGAAGUUGUAUGGAGAGAUGAUGGGCAGUGGUGUUGCAGGGGAUGUGGAUACAGUUGAGUAUUUGAUUCAAGCUUUUUGUAUUGAUAACAAUGUUUUGAAAGGCUUUGGGCUUCUUAGGCAAGUUUUGGAAGAUGGGUUUGUUCCCAGUAAUGUUGCUUUUAAUAAAUUGAUAUCUGGAUUUUGCAAGGAUAGAUACUAUUCGAGAGUGUCUGCUCUCCUUCAUGCUAUGAUUGCAAAGAACCGACGCCCUUAUGUCUUUACAUAUCAGGAAAUUAUCAGAGAGCUAUGCAAGAGAAGAAUGCGGCAUGGAGGAUUUCGGAUUUUCAAUGAUUUAAAGGAUAGAGGGUAUGCUCCGGAUAGGGUCAUGUAUACAACGAUGAUACAUGGUCUUUGCAAAAUGAAAUGGAUUGGGGAGGCUCGGAAGCUUUGGUUUGAGAUGGUUCACAAAGGAAUAGUUCCAAAUGAAUACAUGUACAAUGCAUUCAUUUAUGGGUUAUGUAGGAUUGGUAAUCUCAAAGAGGCGAAGGAGUUGUACAAUGAAAUGUGUUGUAAAGGUUAUAAAGAGACCACAGUGAGUUGCAACAUUAUGAUCAGAGGGCUGUGUUUGCAUAGAAGAACAGAGGAAGCUCAUGUGUUGUUUCAAGAAAUGGCUGAGAAGGGAAUUGCUCGUGAUAUUAUCACGUACAAUUAUUUGAUUCAGGGUUUCUGCAAGGAAGGGAAAAUAGAUGAAAGUAUAAAUCUUUUGGCUGAACUUUUAGAGAAGGGUAUGCAACCUUCAACUGCUACUUAUACUGCCCUCAUAGAAAAACUUUGUGAGAUGGGUGAUGUGGAUGAAGCAAAAGAGUUGUGGGAGGAUAUGCAGAAUAGGGGCGUGGAACCAGCAGUAUGUACUCAUGAUUUCAUUAUAACUGGAUUGAGCAAUAAAGGGUAUGUUGCCGAGGGGAUGGAAUGGUUGACUGCAAUGUUGAGACAUAACCUCAAACCGCAAAAGCAAACUUUUGAGAGACUAAUUCAAUGUCUAUCACAAGGAGAUAAGCUGGAUGAGGCUAUACUUGUGUUGGAUUAUACGUUUAGUAUGGGUUACACGCUCCGUGAAUGUAUUUGCCAUUCUCUGGUUGACAAACUUUGUGAACAGAAUUCCGACCAUGUUGAGACAUGUCUAGGUGGUAUUCUGCAGAAAGAUACUACAGCAUCUGAGGUCUUCUAG